AUCUGGGGAACAGAGAAGGAGCAGAUCAACUUUGGACCAGAACUAUGGAAAAGACUUAAUACAUUAUAACAAAGCGUCAAAAUCUGAGGAGACCUCUGGGAAAGAAAGACGUGGAUUGCGCUAAGCAAGUGUUUGUGAGGCUUGAAUAAAACACCUUGCAUGUGUUAAGAGCAACUAUCUGAAAUAUGGUAUUUUGGACAACAACCAUGAAUCUUUGAUGACUGUAACAAUGGGAUCCACCACACCUAAAAAAGCAGCUACUCUGGAUGAACUUUUGUACACAUGCAUUGAGAUGUUUGACGAAAAAGGUGAUCUGAUCAGCAAUAACCUACUUCCAAGGAUCGUGUUGUUAAUGCACCGAUGGUAUUUAUCAUCUACUGAACUUGCAGGAAAACUACUCUCAAUUUAUCGAGAUGCCAGUGGAGAAAAUUGCAAUGACUUGAGGUUAAAGACAUGUCACUUUAUGAGAUACUGGAUUUUGGAAUUUCCUGCAGAAUUCAAUUUAGAUUUGGGUCUCAUUCGACUGACAGAAGAGUUCAGAGACCUAGCAAUCCAAAUGGGAUAUGAAGAGCACAUUAAUCUUAUCGAUAUCUCAAGCAUACCAUCAUAUGACUGGAUGAGAAAAGUCACUCAGAGGAAAAAAAUAUCAAAGAAAGGAAAGGUCUGUCUGCUGUUUGACCAUUUGGAGCCCAUUGAACUAGCAGAACAUCUAACUUUUCUGGAAUAUAAAGCAUUCAGAAGGAUAUCAUUUACAGAUUACCAAAGCUAUGUCAUCCACGGUUGCUUGGAGAAUAAUCCAACUUUGGAAAGGUCGAUUGCUUUAUUUAAUGGAAUCUCUAAAUGGGUCCAGCUUAUGGUUCUGAGCAAGCCAACUCCACAACAAAGAGCAGAAGUUAUAACCAAGUACAUUAAUGUUGCUGAGAAAUUAUUGGAUCUCCAGAAUUUCAACACAUUGAUGUCUGUGGUUGGUGGUCUGAGCCAUAGUUCCAUAUCACGUCUCAAGGAUACUCAUUCACACCUGUCUGCAGAGGUUACAAAGGUCUGGAAUGAAAUGACUGAGCUGGUCUCUUCGAAUGGAAACUACUGCAACUAUCGCAAAGCAUUUACAGAGUGUGAAGGUUUCAAAAUCCCAAUCUUAGGAGUUCACUUAAAAGACUUAAUAGCUGUGCACGUUAUUUUUCCUGAUUGGGUUGAUGAAAGUAAAGUAAACAUCGCGAAAAUGCAGCAGUUGUAUUUUACCCUCAAUGAGCUGGUUUCUCUUCAGAGUGUCUCACAUCAUCUAGAAACGAGUAUGGAUUUAAUAAACCUAUUAACGCUAUCACUUGACUUGUAUCAUACAGAAGAUGAUAUUUACAAACUUUCUCUGGUACUCGAGCCAAGGAAUCCUAAAUCGCCAACUUCUCCAACAACUCCCAAUAAACCAGUUGAACCACUUGACUGGGCCUCAGGGGUUACAACAAAGCCAGACCCCACCAUUAUCAACAAGCAUAUACGGAAAUUAGUAGAGUCUGUUUUUAGAAACUAUGACCAUGAUCAUGACGGAUAUAUUUCUCAAGAGGACUUUGAAAGCAUUGCUGCUAAUUUCCCAUUUCUGGACUCCUUCUGCGUGUUAGAUAAGGAUCAGGAUGGUCUUAUCAGCAAGGAUGAAAUGAUGGCCUAUUUUCUGAGAGCAAAAUCUCAAUUCCACUGUAAAAUGGGACCUGGCUUUGUUCACAACUUCACCGAGAUGACGUAUCUAAAACCGACAUUCUGUGAACACUGUGCUGGAUUUCUCUGGGGUAUCAUCAAACAAGGAUACAAAUGCAGAGACUGCGGAGCUAAUUGCCACAAGCAGUGCAAAGACCUCCUAGUACUGGCAUGUAGAAAACGCUCCAGAGGAACGUCUGUUAGUAGUAGCCAUGACUCUCUCCCAAGCAGCCCAUCACUGGCCCCAGCACAAGAUCAAGUGUUUGAAUUCCCCACCAGCGGCAGAGAAAACCAAGACCUUGAUGGACGGGCAAUAACUCUUGUUACUGGGUCUUCAAGAAAGAUAUCAGUACGACUCCAGCGGGUAACAACUAGCCAAGCAACACAGACAGAUGCAAUGUGGCCUGACUCUGGCUGGAGUGACUCUGGAUCUCAUACAUUUCCUAAAAUGAAAUGCAAAUUUUAUGGCAAAAACAAAAACAAAGGAUUUGCCAAAUGGGAAAAUGAAGAUACAUCUCAUACAAACAUGGAUAUAAUGGAAGUACAGAUCACAGAUCAUAAUGGAAAAGAAACUAAAGGGGACACAGACUAUUCUGGAGACAAUAGGAUGUUUGUGUUGAAACCAAAAGAAGACUGUUGAAGGCUAAACACAUUUUUGGUGCCUGCAAUAAAAUGAAUUCCCAAAUGACAUUAUGAUCCUACAGAGAUAGAAAUGCACUAUUAUUUUGAAUAUGAACUGACUAACUGCUGAAAUGGUUUGCAACUUUUGAAAGACGAUAAGACUGACCAAUCUCAAAGUUGACUGAUUUUUAUUCUCAGCUCUUUGAGUGUGUCAUUUCACUACAUUCCAAAAGUUUUUUUUAAUGUAUUAGUUUGAUGGUAAUUCUGUAUAAAGGUAUAUGUGAUAUUUAUUUUUAAAGGACACUUAAGUAUUUUACAUCAUGGUGGAUGGCAAUAAUUUAUCUUUGUUAAAUCUUCUGGUUCAUGGAGGAACAUUUCAAUAAGGAGACUUUAUGGAAAGACAAAUUUCAUCAAUAGUCAAGAAUUUUUGUAGCACAUACUUUGAAAAAGUAUGAAAUGAUCCUGUAUUUUUCAGCAUCAUUAAAGUGUCAAACGUUCAACCUCAACUUGAAAAUCUCUGUGUAAAAUUCCAGAUAGAUAUGUUAGGGUCUCAGGGUGCAUAGAGCAUAAUAUUUUGUGUACAGUGUGUAUUAAUUAUGAUUUGUUAAUGCAGUCCGUACAUUAAUAAGUAGUUUAGGUUUCCUGUACUGAUCCACCAUGACACUAUUGCAGUAUUGAAGCUGAAAAUGAACUACAAAAAAAAGAAAAAGACUUUAAACCAAUGUUCACGUUGUAUUUAUUUAUAGUGUCCCCUGAACCAAUGGCAAUAUGUCAUAUGGAUUGUUCACAGUUUAAAUAAUAAAACUUUAUUGUAAAUCUUAA